CAAAGGGAAGAAUGAAUUAUGGAGCAAACUGGGCAACAUUGUUAACUACAAAGACACAGCUGUGUGCGUGGGAGGGGAUUUUAAUGUCACUAUCUCACAGGAAGAAAGAAGAGGGUGUCAGGGCAUAUAGAAGGAGAUGGAGGGUUUUGAGGCAUUCAUAGCAGAAACAGGGUUGAUCGACUUACCAAUGAUUGGGAGAAGGUUUACCUGGUAUCAACCAAAUGGGAGAGCCAUGAGUCGCCUAGACAGAUUUUUAAUAAAUGAGGAGUGGCUUGUAACAUGGGAAGGCUUGAAACAGUGGGGUUUGAUGAGAAGCAUCUCAGAUCACUGUCCAGUGCUAUUGAAAAAUAAGGUGAAGAAUUGGGGGCCAAAGCCAUUUCGCUUCUUUGAUGCUUGGCUUAGGCAUUCGGAAUUCAAAGACAAAGUGGCAGAGGUGUGGAGAACAAAGGAGCUCCAAGGAACAGGUGGCUUUAUUCUCAAAGAGAAACUAAAAGCAACUAAAGUAUAUUUGAAGAAAUGGAGCAAAGAAUACAAUAGUGAGCUGAACAAAACAAUAGAAGAAUGCAAGGAAGUGAUACUCCAAAUAGAUGUGAAAGGUGAAGCUCAAACAUUGACUGAAGAGGAGUUGGAAUUCAAAAAGAAGAAUGAAGUUGAUCUAUGGCGUAGAAAUGAAAUUAACUACCUGGAGGUGGGAGGCACGAAACUAAUGGAGAUCACAGAUCUAAAGGAAGGUGUCAUGAAGUACUUCCAGGAACUAUUCAUAGAAGAUGAUUGGGAAAGACCAAUAUGGGAGGGAAUUGAAUUCAAGAAGGUCACACUUGAGCAAAACAUAAUGCUGACUGCACAAUUCACAGAAGAAGAGAUAAAGGAAGCUGUGUGGGACUGUGACAGUUCAAAGGCCCCAGGACCAGAUGGAUGCAAUUUCGGGUUUAUCAAAGCAAUGUGGGAGAUAGUGAAGGAUGAUGUUGUAAAAUUCGUUGAAGACUUUCAUACAAGUGGAAGAUUAGUAAGAGGCUCAAAUGCAUCUUUCAUUGUUCUAAUUCCAAAAAAGGAGAACCCAAUGAAGAAGGUGAUGGAGGGGUUGAUAAGCGAACAACAGUCAGCAUUCAUACAAGGGAGACAGCUUAUGGACAGUGUAGUUGUGGCCAAUGAAACCAUCGACGAGAUUAAGAAGAAGAAGAAAAAGAGCUUCAUCUUCAAAAUUGACUUCGAGAAAGCCUACGACAAGGUUUCUUGGAAUUUCAUAGAUUAUAUGCUGAUGCGCAUGGGCUUUGACAAUGUUUGGAGGAAGUGGAUUAUGGAGUGUCUUCGCUCAAGCACAAUCUCAGUUUUAUUGAAUGGCAGUGUAACAAAGGAAUUCAGUGUGAGCAAGGGUCUGCGACAAGGCGACCCUCUCUCCCCCUUCUUGUUCCUUAUAGCCGCUGAGGGCCUUUCAAAACUAUUAGCAUCCGCUGAAAAAAAAGAUUUGUUCAAUGGAAUGACGGUAGGCUCGAAGGGGCUGAAAAUUUCUCAUCUCCAAUUUGCGGAUGACACUAUCAUUUUUGGAGAGGCCUCGAAAAGAAAUGUCAAGGCAAUUAAAAGUAUAUUGAGGAUCUUUGAAAUGGUUUCGGGACUCAAAAUCAACUACAACAAAAGCAAGUUGUAUGGAAUGAAUAUAGAAGAGGAAGUCUAUCAACAUUGGGCCAUAUUCUUGAAUUGCAAAACGGGUAAACUACCCAUGACCUACCUGGGCAUGCCAAUUGGAGCAAGUUUGAGAAGCAAGGACACAUGGGCAGAACUGAUAAGCAAAAUAGGAAGGAAGUUGGCUGGUUGGAAAAAUAGGUUCUUAUCCUUGGGGGGGCAUAUUGUCAUUAUAAACUCCGUGUUGACUAGUCUUCCUGUCUUCCUUAUGUCUACUUAUCUCUUACCUGAUGGAGUGAUAAAAAAGAUUGAUGCAAUUAGAAGGAAAUUUUUAUGGGGUGGGUGUGAGGAGAGAAACAAGAUUGCAUGGGUAAGGUGGGAUAAAGUUUGUAAGGAUAGGAAACAAGGGGGGAUGGGUAUUAAAGACCUUAGGAUGUUUAUUUUAGCGUUGAUGGGGAAAUGGUGGGCGAGAUUAGUUAAUGAGCAAGGAGGCUUAUGGAGAAGAGUGCUCUUAGAUAAAUAUGGAGGGGAAGGAGGAAGCUGGGGAGAAUGGAUAACAAAGGGGCAGAACAGGGGAUCUAGAUGUUGGAAAGAUGUUUGCAAAAUUAAUGAGUUGAUUGAGGGGAAACGGGAUUGGGUGAAGUCGGGCUUUAAGUUGGUUAUAGGAGAUGGUGCUAAGGUCUCCUUUUGGAGACAAGUGUGGGUGGGAUCUCAUAGCUUAGAAGUAAUGUUCCCUCGAUUAUCUUAUCUUUCCACAGAUAGACAAAGCACGGUGCAGCAAAUGGGAGAAUGGAUAGGUGGUUCAUGGAGAUGGAGAUUAAAAUGGAGGAGAAGAUUAUCAACAAGGGAACAGGACCAAGAAACACAACUUCGGAGCACCAUACAAAAUGUGCAAGUUCGAAAAGACGCCGACGAUAGAUGGUGGUGGAGAUAUGAAAAAGACGGUGAAUACACAGUAAAAUCAGCAUACAAGAUGCUAACAACAACAGAAGAAGGGGAUGAAAUCAAAUGUCUUAAGAGAUGCUGGAACUUGACAAUCCCAUUGAAAAUCUGUGCUUUUAAUUGGCUGUCAGUGCUUGGACGUACACCUUGCAAGGUAAACCUCUUGAAGAGAAAUAUCAUUAGACAAGAAGCAGAUGCUAAGUGCAGUUUCUGUGCAGAAAUAGCAGAAAAUGAGGACCACCUACUACUGUGGUGUGAUUUUUCAAGAAAAAUUUGGAACAAAAAUCUCGCAUGGUGGGAAAUCAAGUAUGUCAUGGCCAGGAGUUGUAAGGAUGCUUUUCUCCAACAUAGCUGGGCGGGUAGAAACCAAAAAGGGUGGCAGGUGAUAUGGUAUGCUACAAUCUGGGCCUUAUGGUCAACUCGGAACCGUAGAAUUUUUGAGGCAAAGCAAGUGUCCACUGAUGAAGUGUUCCACAUGGUACAAUACAAUUCAUACUGCUGGAUAAAGAGCAAAAUUGAAGACUGGACAUACUCUUUUGCGGACUGGUGCAAUGCUCCAAGUAGAUGCCGAACAGUAAAAGUUCCAAAACUAAGAUUGGAAGAGCUUGAGCAAGGUGAGCUGAUAUGAUGUCUGCAGUAAUACCAUAUGAAGGUGUUUUUUAAGCAGUAGGGGUUUCCCGUGCCAGUGGGUUUGAUGAUCAAAACAAUGAGAUGUGGAGAAAUUGCAAAAGAGGACAGAAAACCCGACACGGGUGUGGUGUCGACACAUAAAUUUGGUGUGGACAC